AUGCCUCCCCGUCUGCCCCCGAGCAGCGGUACCUCUUCGACAUCUCCAGCCUGCCCGAGACGGAGGAGGUGACAGGCGCAGAGCUGCGGGUUCUGCGUUCCCUCCCAGAAAACCAGAGCUUGGCCCUGUCCCCCGAAGGCACCUUCCACCACCUCCUCCUCUCCACCUGCCCAAGCCGGGAGGGUGAGGAGCCCCAGCUGCUGGACUCCAGGGCUGCAGACAUUUUAGAUGCAGGCUCCUCCAGAUGGGAGGUGUUUGAUCUGGGGUUCAGCAAGCCCCGGCCGCAGCCCCACGAGCAAGCCCUGCUCGUGGCCUUCUCCCGCACCCAGAGGAAGGAGAACCUCUUCAAGGAGAUCCGGGAUAAGAUCAAGGCUCUGGGCAGCCCCCCCUUCCUGGGGCCCCCUGAUCCUGGCCAGGAGGCGUACCCCAAGCGGAGGAAGAGACGGACCACCAUCGCCGCCCGGUCUGGGGGCAGAGGCCACGGGAAGAAGGCAAAGACCCGCUGCAGCAGGAAGCCCCUGCACGUGAACUUCAAGGAGCUGGGCUGGGACGAC